AUGGCGCCGCCGCCGCCCGUGCUGCCCGCGCUGUUGCUCCUGGUUGCAGCAGCCGCCCUACCCGUGUUGGGGCUUCGAGCGGCCGCCUGGGAGCUGCGCGUGCCCGGCGGGACCCGCGCCUUCGCUCUUGGGCCCGGCUGGACCUACGCUCUGGACGCCGCGCGCACCCCCCGGGCACUGCGGGAGCUUCUGGACGUGAGCCGCGACGGGCGGCUGGGUGCGCGGCGGCGCGGGCCGGGCGCGGGGCUCCGGGGCUGCGCACGCCUGGAGGGACGCCCGCUGCUGCUGCAAGUCCGCCUGGCGGCCCGUGGCGCCCCGACAUCGCUGAGCCUCCGCCUCCGGGCGAGCGCGCACGGUCCCGGUUGUAGCCCCGGGCUCCGGCAACGACGGGCCCCCAGUGCGGAGCUGCGCGCUCGCGCUAUGCUCACGGUGCCCGGGCCCGGCGCCGUCCUCUGCUUCCCAGCCCCCGGCGGCGGCGGCGGCGGCGGCGGCGGGGCCACGCUGCACUCGGCGCUGGUGGCCCUGACCACGUUCCCGGCCUGCAGCUGUCCGCCGCUCCCCGGGCCCCGCUGCCCACGCCGCCCAGUCUGCCUACCGCCCGGAGGCUCGGCCCGCCUGCGCCUGCUGUGUGCCCUGCGGCGCGCGGCCGGCGCCAUCCGGGUGGAGCUGGAGCUGGAGGCGGCCGCGGGGACGCCCUCCCCGUCGCUGUCGCUGUCGCAGUCGCUGCCAAGCCUGCCCCAGACGGAGAUCGGGGCGGGGGCGGCGCGUCGGGCCCGGCGGGGCGCUGGCGGCAGCACUAGCCCGCAGUUCCCGCUGCCCAGCUACCAGGUGUCGGUGCCCGAGAACGAGCCGGCGGGCACGGAGGUCAUCGAGCUGCGCGCUCACGACCCCGACGAGGGCGAAGCGGGGCGCCUGAGCUACCAGAUGGAGGCGCUGUUUGACGAGCGCUCCAACGGCUUCUUCCUCAUCGACACCGCCACGGGAGCGGUGAGCACCGCCCGCCCGCUGGACCGCGAGACCAAGGACACGCACGUGCUCAAGGUGAGCGCUGUGGACCACGGCUCGCCGCGGCGCUCGGCCGCCACCUACCUCACGGUCACAGUCAGUGACACCAACGACCACAGUCCGGUCUUCGAGCAGUCCGAGUACCGCGAGCGCGUGCGGGAGAACCUGGAGCUGGGCUACGAAGUGCUGACCAUCCGCGCCACCGACGGCGACGCGCCCUCUAACGCCAACAUGCGAUACCGCCUGCUGGAGGGUGCCGGGGGCGUCUUUGAGAUUGACGCGCGCUCCGGCGUGGUGCGCACGCGCGCGGCGGUGGACCGGGAGGAGGCUACAGCCUACCAGCUGCUGGUGGAGGCCAACGACCAGGGCCGCAACCCGGGCCCGCUCAGUGCCACGGCCACCGUGCGCAUCGUGGUGGAGGACGAGAACGACAACUACCCUCAGUUCAGUGAGAAGCGCUAUGUGGUCCAGGUGCCGGAGGACGUGGCCGUUAACACGCCUGUGCUGCGCGUGCAGGCCACAGAUCGGGACCAGGGCCAGAACGCGGCCAUACACUACAGCAUCGUCAGCGGGAACCUGAAGGGGCAGUUCUACCUGCAUUCGCUGAGCGGGAGCUUGGAUGUGAUCAACCCGCUGGACUUCGAGGCCAUCCGGGAGUACACGCUGCGCAUCAAGGCCCAGGACGGGGGCCGGCCUCCGCUCAUCAACUCCUCGGGGCUGGUCUCGGUGCAGGUGCUAGAUGUGAACGACAACGCCCCCAUCUUCGUGAGCAGCCCGUUCCAGGCAGCCGUGCUGGAGAAUGUGCCUCUGGGCUACUCCGUGCUGCAUAUUCAGGCAGUGGACGCAGACGCGGGUGACAAUUCGCGGCUGCGCUAUCGCCUGGUGGACACAGCUUUGGCCUCCGUGGGGAGUGGCGGUGCUGGGUCCCAGGCCCCCACCUCCGCAGCGGACUUCCCUUUCCAGAUCCACAACAGCUCGGGCUGGAUCACCGUGUGCGCGGAGCUGGACCGCGAGGAGGUGGAGCAUUAUAGCUUCGGGGUGGAGGCCGUGGACCACGGCUCGCCACCCAUGAGCUCCUCGGCCAGCGUGUCCAUCACUGUGCUGGACGUGAACGACAACGACCCCGUGUUCACGCAGCCCGUGUACGAGCUGCGCCUGAACGAGGACGCGGCGGUGGGGAGCAGCGUGCUGACCCUGCGGGCCCGUGACCGUGAUGCCAACAGCGUGAUCACCUACCAGCUCACUGGUGGCAACACCCGGAACCGCUUCGCGCUCAGCAGCCAGAGCGGCGGCGGCCUCGUCACCUUGGCGCUGCCUCUGGACUACAAGCAGGAACGGCAGUACGUGCUGGCCGUGACCGCGUCGGACGGCACGCGCUCGCACACCGCGCAGGUCUUCAUCAAUGUCACGGACGCCAACACCCACCGGCCGGUCUUCCAGAGCUCCCACUAUACUGUGAGCGUCAGUGAGGACCGGCCAGUGGGCACCUCCAUCGCUACCAUCGGUGCCACCGAUGAGGACACGGGCGAGAAUGCACGAAUCACCUACGUGCUGGAGGACCCGGUGCCCCAGUUCCGCAUCGACCCGGACACGGGCACUGUCUACACCGUGACGGAGCUGGAUUAUGAGGACCAGGCCGCCUACACGCUGGCCAUCACCGCUCGGGACAAUGGCAUCCCUCAGAAGUCCGACACCACCUCCCUGGAGAUCCUCGUCCUUGAUGCCAAUGACAACGCCCCGCGCUUCCUGCGGGAUUUCUACCAGGGUUCGGUCUUUGAGGACGCACCACCGUCGACCAGCGUCCUCCAGGUCUCUGCCACCGAUCGAGACUCGGGCCCCAAUGGCCGCCUGCUCUACACUUUCCAGGGUGGGGAUGAUGGCGAUGGGGAUUUCUACAUCGAGCCCACGUCUGGCGUGAUCCGCACCCAGCGCCGGCUGGAUCGGGAGAACGUGGCCGUGUAUAACCUCCGGGCCCUGGCUGUGGACCGGGGGAGUCCAGCGCCCCUCAGUGCCUCCGUGGAAGUCCAGGUGACCGUCUUGGACAUUAAUGACAACCCUCCAGUGUUUGAGAGGGACGAGCUGGAGCUGUUUGUGGAGGAGAACAGCCCGGUGGGGUCGGUGGUGGCGAGGAUUAGUGCCAAUGAUCCCGAUGAAGGCCCCAACGCCCAGAUCAUGUAUCAGAUCGUGGAAGGCAACGUGCCCGAGGUCUUCCAGCUGGACCUGCUGAGCGGGGACCUGCGCGCCCUGGUUGAGCUGGAUUUUGAGGUCCGGCGCGAGUACGUGCUGGUGGUGCAGGCCACAUCGGCCCCACUGGUGAGCCGGGCCACGGUGCACAUCCGCCUCCUGGACCAGAAUGACAACCCACCCGUGCUGCCAGACUUCCAGAUCCUCUUCAACAACUACGUCACCAACAAGUCCAACAGCUUCCCCACUGGUGUGAUUGGCCGCAUCCCAGCCCACGACCCCGACCUCUCAGAUAGCCUCAACUACACCUUCCUGCAGGGCAACGAGCUGCAGCUCCUGCUGUUGGAUCCCGUCACAGGGGAGCUGCAGCUCAGCCGGGACCUGGACAACAACCGGCCACUGGAGGCGCUCAUGGAGGUGUCUGUUUCCGACGGUGUCCACAGCGUCGUGGCGCUCUGUACCCUGCGGGUGACCAUCAUCACGGACGACAUGCUGACCAACAGCAUCACUGUCCGUCUGGAGAACAUGUCGCAGGAGAGAUUCCUGUCCCCGCUGCUGUCCCUCUUCGUGGAAGGGGUGGCCACGGUGCUGUCCACCACCAAGGACGACGUCUUCGUCUUCAACAUCCAGAACGACACGGACGUCAGCUCCAACAUCCUGAACGUGACCUUCUCUGCCCUGCUCCCUGGCGGCGUCCGAGACAAGUUCUUCCCCUCGGAGGACCUGCAGGAGCAGAUCUACCUGAACCGGACGCUGCUGACGGCCGUGUCCACGCAGCGCGUGCUGCCCUUCGACGACAACAUCUGCCUGCGGGAGCCGUGCGAGAACUACAUGAAGUGCGUGUCGGUGCUCAAGUUCGACAGCUCGGCCCCCUUCAUCAGCUCCACGACCGUGCUCUUCCGGCCCAUCCACCCCGUCAACGGCCUGCGCUGCCGCUGCCCGCCCGGCUUCACGGGCGACUACUGCGAGACCGAGAUCGACCUGUGCUACUCCAGCCCCUGCGGCGCCAACGGCCGCUGCCGCAGCCGUGAGGGCGGCUACACCUGCGAGUGUCUGCAGGACUUCACCGGAGAGCACUGCGAGGUGAAUGCACGCUCGGGCCGCUGCGCCAAUGGCGUGUGCAAGAACGGGGGCACCUGCGUGAACCUGCUCAUCGGCGGCUUCCAUUGUGUGUGCCCUCCCGGCGAGUUCGAGAGGCCCUACUGUGAGGUGACCACCAGGAGCUUCCCGCCUCAGUCCUUCGUCACCUUCCGAGGCCUCAGGCAGCGCUUCCACUUCACCAUCUCCCUCACGUUUGCCACACAGGAGAGAAAUGCUCUGCUGCUUUAUAACGGCCGCUUCAACGAGAAGCAUGACUUCAUCGCCCUGGAGAUCGUGGACGAGCAGGUGCAGCUCACCUUCUCGGCAGGCGAGACCACGACGACGGUGGCCCCGCAGGUUCCCGGGGGCGUGAGUGAUGGACAGUGGCAUUCGGUGCAGGUGCAGUAUUACAACAAGCCCAACAUUGGCCGCCUGGGCCUGCCCCAUGGGCCGUCUGGAGAGAAGGUGGCUGUGGUGACCGUGGACGACUGUGACAGGGCCGUGGCCGUGCGCUUUGGCAGCUUCGUCGGGAACUACAGCUGUGCGGCCCAGGGCACUCAGAGCGGCUCCAAGAAGUCCCUGGACCUGACAGGCCCUCUGCUCCUGGGGGGCGUCCCCAACCUGCCAGAAGCCUUCCCGGUGCACAACCGGCAGUUUGUAGGCUGCAUGCGGAACCUGUCCAUCGACGGCAGGAACGUGGACAUGGCCAGCUUCAUCGCCAACAACGGCACCAGGGCAGGCUGUGCUGCUCAGAGGAACUUCUGUGACGGGAUCUGGUGUCAGAACGGGGGCACCUGCGUGAGCAGGUGGAGCACGUAUCUCUGCGAGUGCCCGCUCCGGUUUGGCGGGAAGAACUGCGAACACGCCAUGCCUUAUCCCCAGCGCUUCAGCGGAGAGAGCGUCGUGUCCUGGAGUGACCUGGACAUCACCAUCUCUGUGCCCUGGUACCUGGGGCUCAUGUUCCGGACCAGGAAAGAGGACGGCGUGCUGAUGGAGGCCACGGCAGGCGUGUCCUCCAGGCUCCAUCUCCAGAUUCUAAACAACUACAUCCAGUUUGAGGUGUCCCACGGCCCCUCGGACGUGGCGUCCAUGAGGCUGUCCAGGUACCGGGUGGCUGACGGGGAGUGGCACCACCUGUUGAUAGAACUGAAGAGCGCCAAGGAGGGCAAAGACAUCAAGUACCUGGCGGUCAUGACCUUGGACUAUGGGUUGGACCAGGACACAGUGCAGAUCGGGAAUCAGCUUCCAGGGCUGAAGAUGAGAAGCAUCGUGGUGGGGGGCGUGUCUGAAGAUAAGGUCUCAGUGCGCCGCGGUUUCCGGGGCUGCAUGCAGGGAGUAAGAAUGGGGGAGACGUCCACCAACAUCGCCAUGCUGAACAUGGACGACGCCCUCAAGGUCAGGGUGAAGGACGGCUGUGACGUCGGGGACCCGUGUGCCUCCAGCCCCUGCCCUCAGCACAGUCGCUGUCGUGACGCCUGGGACAGCUACGCCUGCAUCUGCAACAAAGGGUACUUUGGAAAGAAGUGUGUGGACGUGUGUCACCUGAACCCCUGCGAGCACGUGGCGGCUUGCGUGCGCAGCUCCAGCGCCCCACAGGGCUACGUGUGUGAGUGCGGGUCCAGCCACUACGGGCAGUACUGUGAGAACAGGAUUGACCUUCCGUGCCCCAAAGGCUGGUGGGGAAACCCUGUGUGUGGACCCUGCCACUGUGCUGUUGGCAAAGGUUUCGAUCCCGACUGCAACAAGACCAACGGGCAGUGCCAGUGCAAGGAGAAUCACUACAGGCCCCCAGACCAGGACACCUGUCUGCCGUGUGACUGCUUCCCAUACGGCUCCCACAGCCGGGCCUGUGACAUGGACACCGGGCAGUGCGCCUGCAAGCCCGGCGUCAUCGGCCGCCAGUGCAACCGCUGCGACAACCCUUUUGCCGAGGUCACCACACUUGGCUGUGAAGUGAUCUACAGCGGAUGUCCCAGAGCGUUUGAGGCCGGCAUCUGGUGGCCGCAGACCAAGUUCGGGCAGCCGGCAGCGGUGCCAUGCCCCAAAGGAUCCGUGGGAAAUGCAGUGCGACACUGCAGUGGGGAGAAGGGCUGGCUGCCCCCUGAGCUUUUCAACUGCACCACCGUCUCCUUCGUGCAGCUCAAAGCCAUGAACGAGAAGCUGAGCCGUAACGAGACACAGAUGGAUGGGGACGGGUCGCUGCGGCUGGCCAAAGCGCUGCGGAAUGCCACGCAGCACACGGACGCACCUUUCGGCAACGAUGUGCGCACGGCCUACCAGCUGCUGGCCCGCAUCCUGCAGCACGAGAGCAGCCAGCAGGGCUUUGAGCUGGCGGCCACGCGGGAUGCUGACUUCCACGAGGACGUCGUCCGCACGGGCAGCGCCCUCCUGGCCCCGGGCACCAGGGCCGCGUGGGAGCAGAUCCAGCGGAGCGAGGGGGGCGUGGCGCAGCUGCUGAGGCGCUUCGAGGCCUAUUUCAGCAACGUGGCGCGCAACCUGCGGAGGACCUACCUGAAGCCUUUUGUCAUCGUCACCGCCAACAUGAUCCUUGCUGUUGACGUCUUUGACAAGUUUAACUUCACGGGAGCCUGGGUGCCGCGGUUUGAGGACAUUCGUGACGACUUCCCGAAAGAGUUGGCGUCCUCCGUCUUCUUCUCGGCUGACUUCUUCAAACCACCUGAAAGAAGAGAGGGGCCCGUGGUGAGGCCGGUCGGCCGGAAGGCUGCCCCGCAGACGGCACAUCCGGGGCCCAGCGCCGAGAGGGAGGCCCUUUUCAGGAGGCGGAGGAGGCACCCCGAUGAGCCUGGCCAGUUUGCCGUUGCCCUGGUCGUCAUCUACCGGACCCUGGGGCAGCUCCUGCCCGAGUACUAUGACCCCGACCGCCGCAGCCUCCGGCUGCCUAACCGGCCUGUGAUCAACACGCCGGUGGUGAGCAGUGUGGUGUACAGCGAGGGGGCUCCCCUCCCCAGCCCCCUGGAGAAGCCCGUCCUGGUGGAGUUCGCCCUGCUGGAGACCGAGGAGCGCACCAAACCCGUCUGCGUCUUCUGGAACCACUCCAUCACCACCAGUGGGGCUGGAGGUUGGUCGGCCAAGGGCUGUGAGCUGCUGUCCAGGAACCGGACCCACGUGACCUGCCAGUGCAGCCACACCACCAGCUUUGCUGUGCUCAUGGACGUCUCCCGGCGCGAGCACGGAGAGGUCCUGCCCCUGAAGAUUGUCACCUACGCUGCCGUGUCCUUGUCCCUGGCCGCCCUGCUGGUGGCCUUCGUCCUCCUGGUGCUGGUGCGGACACUACGCUCCAACCUGCACAGCAUCCACAGGAACCUGAUUGCGGCACUCUUCUCUUCCCAGCUGGUCUUCGUGAUCGGGGUCACCCAGACGGGAAACCCGUUUCUGUGCACGGUGACGGCUAUCGUGCUGCACUACGCCUACAUGAGCACCUUCGCCUGGACCUUCGUGGAGAGCCUGCACGUCUACCGCAUGCUCACCGAGGUGCGGAAUAUCGACGCGGGGCCCAUGCGGUUCUACUACGUCAUGGGCUGGGGCAUCCCGGCCAUUGUCACAGGACUCGCGGUGGGCCUGGACCCCCAGGGUUACGGAAACCCCGACUUCUGCUGGCUGUCCCUUCGAGACACCCUGAUCUGGAGCUUUGCUGGGCCCAUCGGAACGGUGAUAAUUGUCAAUACAGUUAUUUUUGUUCUGUCUGCAAAAGUUUCCUGCCAAAGAAAGCACCAUUAUUAUGAAAGAAAAGGGAUCGUCUCCCUGCUGAGGACCGCCUUCCUCCUGCUGCUGCUCAUCAGCGCCACCUGGCUGCUGGGGCUGCUGGCGGUGAACAGCGACGUGCUGACCUUCCACUACCUCUUCGCCAUCUUCAGCUGCUUACAGGGCCUCUUCGUCCUCCUGUUCCACUGCGUGCUCAACAGGGAGGUCCGGAAGCACCUGAAGGGGGUCCUUGCCGGGAAGAAGCCACAUCCGGAUGACUCAGCCACCACAAGGGCCACCCUGCUGACGCGCUCCCUCAACUGCAACACCACCUACAGCGAGGAGCCCAACGUGCUGCGCACGGCCCUGGGAGAGUCCACCGCCUCGCUGGACAGCACCGUCAGGGACGAAGGGGGCCAGAAGCUCAGCGUGUCCUCUGGGCCAGCGCGGGGUGGCCACGGGGAGCCAGAUUCAUCCUUCAUCCCCAGGAGCACCAAGAAACCCCACGGGCACGAUUCGGACUCCGACAGUGAGCUGUCCCUGGAUGAGCAAAGCAGCUCUUACGCCUCCUCACAUUCGUCGGACAGUGAGGACGAUGGUGUGGAGGCUCAGGAGAAAUGGGACCCGAGCCGGGGCCCUGUCCACAGCACCCCCAAAGACGCUGUGGCCAACCACAUCCCUGCCGGCUGGCCCGAAGAGAGCCUGGCAGGUAGCGACAGUGAGGAGCUGGGCGAGAAGCCGUGCCUGAAAGUGGAGACCAAGGUCAGCGUGGAGCUGCACCUGGACCAGCAGGGCAACCACUGCAGCGAGCGCCUCCUGGACGGGGACAUCGGGGUCCAGUCCAGGCCUGGGGGUGCGCCCCCCACUCAGCCCCCGGAGCAGAGAAAAGGCAUCUUGAAAAACAAAGUCACCUACCCGCCGCCGCUGACGGAGAAGACCCUCAAGUCCCGGCUCCGGGAGAAGCUGGCCGAGUGUGAGCAGAGCCCUGCGUCGUCGCGCUCGUCCUCCCUGGGCUCCAGCGACGGGGUCCGCGGCCCCGAUGGCGCCAUCACCGUCAAGAACCUGCGCCGGGAACCGGGGCGCGAGCACCUCAAUGGGGUGGCCAUGAACGUGCACGCCGGGAGCGCCCAGGCUCACGGCUCUGACUCCGAAGGCAGUAACGAAACUUCAAUUUGAACCAUCAGGAAACUGUGAGCCAAGCCCGUCACCUCCACCCAGGCCCCUGUGCUGUGUGGUUGCACCCUUGGACCUUGGAGCCCGAGGGGCCACUGCCGUUACAGUGAAGUAGGCUCUGGAGGUCCCUCCAGUGGCAGCCCCAUGACUGGUCCUGGGCUGCCCUCUGGGGCUCUGGGCCCAUCCAGAGCCGUGACAAGUGCCAAAGGCCACAGGCACGAGGAGGCGUGGACUCCCGGGCCGGCACAGCUCAAUCCUCAGACUGCAGACAGAGCCAAAACCAUGCACUGGCCUGGCCAGGAGAGCGCCCGGCACAAGAGCUGGCAGAGCCGAGCUGGCUUGGUGAGAGGAACCGCCAGGCCGGGUUUGCCAGAGUUUGGGGAUGCCAGGCAAAGACCAAGGUCCAGCUGCCCAGGCAGCGUCUCCCUGCUGUACAAGCCCCUGGCCAGUAGCCUCAACAGCCCUUUGCAAAGCACCCCUUGUCUUAAAGCAAAUGACUUCCCUUUGUGGAAAAGGUGUAGAUACUUUUAUAUAUUUGUAUGGAACUGUGAGAAGGUCAAAACCUGUGUAUAUUUUGUACUUGUACUGACUCAGUUGAUACCGGGAGGUCUGUGGAAGCACCUCUCACUGUUUUUUAUAUAAGGAAGAGUGCACAGUUGUACUUGAACCCGGCUUGCGUUGAUGCAACUGGUGCCCCAGGAAAUCAACGGCGGGAAGUGCGCUGGGAGAGAGGUUGAAACCAAGCUGAUGGAGGCCUGUGCUGCUUACAGCCACUGAGCAAGGAGCCCCGGGCAUUACACACAGCUGCCUGAAUUCACAACACGUCUGUGUUUGAGAUGUUUGCCCUCGGCUCCCAUCUGCCUCGACGGCUGUGGAUCCAAGACGGGGCAAUCUGGAUCUGGGUAGGACUCCAGGAGCCCUGCCGAGGUCAAUGUAGAAUGUGGGUGCCACACGCCUGUGGUCUUCACACUGGUCAUUCCCUGGCCGCACCCCUCUCGCUGCCACCCCCCUUGCGCCCCGCUCUAGGCCCUACAGCGCCUCCCUGGCCCCCUUCCCAGUUGGCCUGGUCCCGCAGGUGGGGAAUUCCGUUGUCCCCUCUGCUCCUGGUCUCCGUGGCAUUUUAAAGUGUUCACACGUCCCGAUUCAGACCGAGGUAUGAGGUCUUCCAGGAUGUCACAUUCCUUCCUGCCAAUUUUCUAGCUCUUUUAGACUCCGACGAUCUCCAGGCAGGCUAGGGUCCCACCCCCAGAGUCUGACCAAUUACUUCAUUUCGCUUCAAAUGGCCAAUUGUGCAACUGGACAAAGCCACAGCCACCCUUUCAAUGGUUACCAAGCUGUUUUUUGGAAACUCAUACCAAGGACCGGCUGUGACUGUCCCAUUGUGGGCAGUUGGCACAGCGUGGCCCUAGGGGCUGUGGAAUGGGGCCCAGAAUUAUUCAGAUUCGUUUUAUUUCAGUGUUUCCUUUGUUCUUCAAAUCAAAUCAGAUGCCCAAAUAAAUGAUCAGCACAGCUGCUUCCAAAUAUAAGAAACCAUAAAAUAUGAUGAAAAUCAAGUAAAAUGAAAAGAUUCCCAUUCUGUGUCAUUCUGAUGAAAAUGUGAGCCUUGUUAACGACUGCAUGAGAGGCAGCGAAUAUUUGAAACUGGUCUAAGACCAUAGCGUAAUUCAGAAAGGAAAUGAGAUCCCAAAGUCCGCAGGCCUGAAUGAAUUAUAUAUGUGCCUUAACAGGUGAGUGGCCUUUGAAGAUACAAAAUGAUCAUACCUGCAGAUGUUUCCCAUUGAUGAGACAUUUACUAAGUAAAAAAAGGCUUUAUUAUUUUUGAGUCUCUGAACACUCCAUAUUAUUGCUUACUCUCCUGCAACUGGGUUUUGCCCCUUGAGAUGUAGUUUUAAAUUUGAUCAGAACUGUUGUUACCAAAACACAAUUGUCAGUUUUAUUAAGACAGGAAAAAUGUAAACCUAUUUUUGUGACUUAAGACUUUAUGACAGAGAUUAGACACUGGAGGUUUUUUUAAAAAACAAAUGUAUAUUUAUUAAUGUUCAGAACACUGGAAUUGCAACACAAAUGAGAAAAGAGUCUACAAUAAAUUAA